ACCUUUGUGAGCAUUGGAAGAACAUUCAUUACCAUUUUGGAUAUUGGUACGUUUUGGUCAUUUUUUAUUUUAUUUUUAUAAUUUUAUUUCCUAUAUGGAUUAGUUUGCUGAUUAAUUUUGAGAUUAGGGUCCUUCUUGUGGAUUAAUUCUGUAUAAUUUUGUGUCCCAAUUUUGUUUUUUUUUUCUUCUGUUUUUUUUUUGUUUUUGUGUAUAUAUUUUAAAAAAUUCUAUGUUAGUUUCUGCUGUUGAGAUUCCAGGCUUUCUAUUUUGUCUUUUUCUUCUUGGAUUUUUGAGUUAUCAAUGUUAUGGCUUAGGAGCAUUGUAUUAUAAGACAGCAAAGGCACAUUGUAUUGACCACAAGAAAAGUUCUACUAAUUCUUUUGUAUCAAUCUCACCAACAUUUCUUUUUCUAUACAAAAUUGUUGCUGGGUUUUUCAUCUUGUUUGAGUUGGAUUGGUGCAGAAGGUGAUCAAGACCUGUUCAUCAUGGAAACAACAACAAUGGUGAAUAUCAAGAUGAUCAUGGCCAUGCUGUUGAUGGUGAUGAUGGUGUUUGUUGGAGAUGCAGCUGAUACAAAUAGUGUAUAUGAUCCUUGCUCAGAUGCAAAAAUCCGGAGAUUGGAUGGUUUUACUUUUGGUCUUGCAUUUUCAAAGAAAGACUCAUUCGCAUUCAACCAGACUCAGCUUUCACCCUGUGAUAGUCGUCUAAACCUCGCAGGAAAUAAUGCACAACUUGCUGUGUUUAGGCCAAAGGUUGAUGAGAUGUCUCUCCUAACUAUCAACAGCAGCACCUUCAGCCCGAUUAACGCUGGUGGCUAUAUGGUAGCGUUCGCCGGACGCAAGUAUGCAGCGAGAUCACUCCCAACAUUGAUUGCUGAUGAGUCAAACACCAUAACUAGUUUCACCUUGGUACUUGAAUUCCAAAGGGGCACUCUUCAAAACUUGUAUUGGAAGAAAUUUGGGUGCAAGGCAUGCUCCGGGGACUAUUCUGUUUGCCUCAACAACGAAGAUUGUGCUGUGCCAAACUCAAAGUGCAAAAGCAGUGGGGGAUCUUUUGACUGCAAUUUAAGCAUACAGUUGGCAUUCUCAGGAACAGACAAGCAUCUUCAAGUGCUUAACUCCUGGUAUGAGGUGAGAAAUCUUCGAAGCUACUCGCUGUAUGGCCUAUUCUCCAAGCUUCUGCAGUGAUCAUGCAACAACUAGAACUGCUCUGUAGAAUAUGCUCUGAUGGAAUGGUCUCCAAACUCACAAGCUCGAAUAUAUGGUUAUUGUAUUCAACCUGGUCUUGAUUUUUAGGCGCCCAAAAUCUUCGCAGGAACGAAAAGCUGUCGCAGCUAUGUGUAUGAAUAUGUAGAAGUUAUAUGCACCAGUCAAGGCAUCAGGGUGAGCACAGAGAGAAAUUAUAGAGUAAAAUACUUAUUGGGGGUUUGCUUUGUGGGCUAACUAGAGACACUGCAAAUAAAUUGAAUCAAUGUUGAUAUGUGAACGUCGUGUAAUUUGCAAAACAGCUCGGUUUUCUUUUCCACCUAUUUGUUAGUUUUUUUUUCUUUUCAUCUUUUUAAUCAUUCAAGUCCCAAAAUUCAGAUGUAAAAGGUAGUUCCAAUGUGAAAUAGACCCAUAUACUUGUCUGCCUCAUUGGUUUUUGUAGAACUCCUUUGAAAUCAUAGAAAUGCUGUUCCAUAAUGGAACUUCUAUUGUUGUUUUUUC